AAAUAGAGCUCAUCAGUUGCGACCCGGAAGCGAACAAAAUCGUUAUCUCACAACAAACCGGUUGCUGUAUGUCACAGGUCAUAUCUUACUUUAAUAUAAACACUACAUGGUGAAAGCAGCUGCAGCAGAAGCAUGGCGCAGAAAAUAAACGAGGCCCAUGAGCACAUCGCUAAAGCGGAGAAAUAUUUAAAGACCAGUUUUAUGAAGUGGAAGCCGGAUUAUGACAGCGCUGCGUCAGAGUACAGUAAAGCAGCUGUCGCUUUCAAAAAUGCCAAACAGCUAGAAGAAGCAAAAGACGCUUAUUUACAAGAGGCAGAGGCUCACACCAACAACGGAACGCUUUUCCAUGCCGCGAAGGCCCUGGAGCAAGCAGGGAUGAUGCUGAAGGACAUGCAGAGGCUGCCCGAGGCAAUUCAGUACAUUGAGAGAGCCAGUAUGAUGUACAUAGAGAAUGGCACACCAGAUACUGCUGCAAUGGCUCUCGACAGAGCUGGAAAGUUGAUAGAACCUGUGGAUUUAGCCAAAGCUGUGGACCUCUAUCAGAAAGCUGCAUCAGUGUUUGAGAAUGAGGAACGUCUGCGGCAGGCUGUGGAGCUGCUCGGCAAAGCGUCUCGACUCCUCGUCAGACAAAAGAAAUUUGAUGAAGCAGCGUUGUCGAUCCAAAAGGAGAAGAACAUGUACAGAGACAUAGAAAAUUACCCGACAUGUUUUAAGAAAACCAUCGCACAAGCACUGAUUCACCUACACAGAGGAGAUUUCGUUGCGGCUGAUAAGUGUGUGAGGGAAAGCUACAGUAUCCCAGGAUUCAGUGGGAGUGAGGACUGUGUUGCAUUGGAGCAGCUGUUACAGGGAUAUGAUCAGCAGGAUGAAGACCAGGUGGUCCGCGUCUGCAACUCACCACUGUUCAAAUACAUGGACAAUGACUAUGCUAAGCUGGCUCUCACUCUCAAUGUGCCUGGAGGAGGGAAGAAGAAGAAGGCUGCUUCUGCUAUGGGAGAUGGAGCAGUGAACAGUGGAGCUGAUAAACCUGACGAAGAGGAGGACGAGUAUGCAGGAGGACUCUGUUAGUUCGUUGUCCAUAACAUUGCUGAUCCCAGUGUCCAUUUUCAACCAGAGUGAGAGAUUUUCCAGUAAUGUACAUCCUGCUGUUGAAAAAAAAACAACCUCAAAUCUUUUUCUGUGUAUUUUAUGUUCGGCUUUAAUGCUUGAUCAGGAAUUGGUGAAUUGAGCCACAGACAGUUCUAAGUUCAAAUAUAAAAUCCAUCCUGAUAUUAAUUUUUACAAUUAACAUGCUAUCUUCAAUGGCAUCCUAGAUUUAUUUUAUUACGAAGUUGACCUUUUUUGUGACUUCUUGCCAGCGAUCCACGGUCUUUCUCCAAUACUUCUGUGUUGGAUUUUCAUGAAUAUGACAUUAAUGUUGCAGGAAAAUGGUCCAUAACCUUGUCAUUAUCCCUUAUGUUUAAAAUCGUUGACGAUUUUCUCCUUUUAAAAUCCUUCAUAACUGUGCUAGCAACAUCCCUCUCGGACACAAGUACCACAGACAACCACUAACUUCUGACAGAAAUCAUUUAAAUACAGCAUCAACCAGCAACAGCACAACAAUCGAUAAGUACUCACAAGUAUUUCAAUAUAAAUGUAUUUAAUGUGUUUCAGGGUGGAGUUUUCCUUUUAUCCACAAUGUGUAUUCUAGUGUGGGGGGUGUGGCUUUGCGCACUGUUGCUCAGUGCCUCAGAGAUGAAAAAGCGAUUCCUGAUUUGAAGCAUUAAAGCUCUGCUUUCAUCAUGGGUAGUGGGUUGGAGUCGAACAUUCAUGACCAGCUUCCCACUCAGGGUGGAUUUCCAAGCAGCUGAAGGAAACACUCCAUAGCCUUCGCAUGGUUUGAUCUGCCUUAUCAAAUACAUUCAGCAAAAACGGAUAUACAGUACAUACAUAUCACCUGAAGCCUGAGUACUAAGGCAUAAGCAUGAUCGUUGCAUUCAGUCAUCACAGUGAUCAGUGAUGAGUCACAUAAAUUUCUUUUGCUUUUCCUAAAACGAAAAAGUAAUCUCGUGUUUAUGAAGUUAUAUAAUAAGUUUUGCCACGUGUAAUGCUGUUAUGUAUUUAUGAAGAAUAAUAAAAUAAAAUAGGAUACAUGUAAAAUCCAAAAAUACUAUAUAGUAAUAGUAAGUGUUUUGUAGUUAUAUGAAAUCAAAAGCUUAUUUAAUAUAACCUGUAUUUUUUUUUUUUUUUAUUUGGUCAUGGUAACAUGCUGUGUGCGGGUUAAUUUAUACAAACUUUCUAAGUAUUACCAUUACAAUCAUCAUUAGACCUUUUUUAUUAUCAUUAUUGUAUGAAUUUCUAAGCAAAAUCAGUACAAAACUUUGGGUGAGACUUAAAUCUUGAUAACAGUUUACUCUACAUGCUGCAGUGUUGAAAACAAUCGUGCCUGAAAAUUUGAAUAGUAGGAAAACAUUAAUUAUUAAAAAACCAUCCUUACUUUAUUUUGUGCCACUUUUUACACAGACUUCAGCCACUACUUACACAUUCAAAUCCAGACUAUAUUCAAAAGGUAUGCCUAAUAACUAUAUGAUAAAAAUGCAUGAAAUGCCUUAUUGUUUCUUCCUGGAUCUUAAUAUAAUGUAUUUUCUUGCAUAUUGGUUACGGGGGAAAAACAUACUCUUGAAUUGAAACUUCAGGGAACAAUUUCUCUUUGAAGUAGUUUAGCAAGAAAUUACUUUGGUAGGUGUUGGAUGAAAAUGAUGUAUGGUGUGACGGAUUUUUUUGUCCUUUUAAUUCCACUUUGUGCUUUGAGAUUUUGUGUGCAUGUUCUAAGACAAAUUAUCUAUAAACUCUUAUGCUAAAAUGUCUGAAUUGCAUGUAAACGUACCGAUGUGUAAAUGCGAAGAAUCGAGAUUUUGAAGAAAAAAGUGCAACACUUUCCUGAACCCAACGAAACUGAUAUAAAAACAAAUCUUACAUUGC